GCCUCAUUUGAAAUGCUCUUAUUUCCAAGAUUUCUCUGCAUGGACCCCCAGUGAUGUGUUUUACAUCUUCUAUCUCAGCAUUAUUUUAAUCCGAUAUUAUUUCCAUGAUGGACAAUUCCCCCAAAACUCUAAAGGAGGAAGUGAAUGAUGGAAGGGAACUGGGAUAUAAUACUCUAAAGGAAAAUAAAUCUCCUGGAAAGAUUAUUUAUUUUGCAAAUGGUGAAACAAUGGAGGAAUGCAGUUCAGAAGAAGAUGAUGUUGAGGAGGACAAUCAGAAGCCAUUACUUGACACUGCCAAUCUCUCUUGGGGUAAUUAUCUACGAAGCUGGGCACUUCAAAUUGUAGCCACAGCAUUUUUUGCUUGUGACUUUCUUGGUGGGAAAUUUGCCACAUUCCUUGGACUCAAUGAAGCUAAAUAUCAGUAUGCAGUGGAUGAAUACUACAGGACACAAAAUAAGAAAAAUGAAAGUGAUGAAGAUGAUGAGGAGAUGCUAAAAAUGAAGGAGACAACCACAUCAAAUGAAAAGUACCACCUGGAAAUGAAGCAGCUAAGAUAUGGGUCUAUUAAUUGUAAUGAUAUCCCCUUUCUUCCUCAGAAGGAUACGGUUGCAAAUGUAAAUGAACUUGAAGAAGGUGGGUUGCAAAAUUUAAAAUAAAUCAAAAUUAUGGGAGAUAAAAUGUGCAUGGUUUUGGGCUGGAUCAAAUUGUCUAAGCCUCACGUACAUGUAUUGAGAGGUUGAAUCAGUGGAUUGUUGGACUCUUGGUGGAUUGUUUGGUCUUUAUAUGGAUUAAAUGGACUGUUUUAGACCAUA